GUUUAGAAAAAUGUGUCAUGCGUUAAAAGUCAUUUUUAAAAAUGUAAACCCCAAACAUGAAUAAUCAACGUUUUGGGCAAUCCCUCUUUCCGAAAGAACAAAGAAAGCUUACUGUACUGUGUACAUACCCAGAAAAUUAAUCAAGUUAAGUUUUCUUAAUUAUAUGUAAAAAUGACAAGUAAAAGCAAUAGGAAUCCGAUCUUAAUGCUUUCAAUAACUUCGAAAUAUUUAAAAAAAUUAGAAAAGAAGCCAAGGUAUAUGGAAAAACCCAACAUUGUUAAUGUUUACGAUAUUAAUCACGCCCAUUUCAAAGAAGCUCAAAGCCUCCGAUAUGUUUUCACAGAGCCUCUUACAAAUGAAUAUCCACUAAAUUUAAAUGGGGAGUACAAACCCUUGAUAAAAUAUGAGCCAGAAACACAGUUAGGACUGUUAAAACCCUUAUUGUAUAAUUAUUUCGGUGAUAGAAAUAAAGAAAAUAUAUCCAAAGGCAAUGAAAAUGACAAAUUGAUUAAUGUCUUUACAAGACGCGGAAUAUUGGAACAAAUUAUGGAAUUUCCUUACCGAAGGAAUGAUAUAAAUGUCCUUAUAUCACGUUAUAAUGGUCAAAUUUUUAUAAUACAACAACAACUUACUGAGAAAAUGUUUAACAUUAAUCAGGGUAAUUCGCAUUAUACACGUUUAUGUGAAUUACUAUUAAAAGACGUUUCCGAGGAUCCGACUACUUGGAACGAUGAAAACAUAUUCCAAGUGGCUGUAUACGAGGCUACAAUUGAAAAGUUUAAAUUGCAUUAUAUUGGAAGAGCGCAUGCCAUUAAGGAAACGGAAGGAACCAAAAAUUAUUUAAAAGAUUUAUGUAUGGGCAGUAUGGUAUCAAUCAAACAAAUGUGGAUAAAUAUAAAGGAUAAAGAUGAAAAAUAUUUGAAAUAUUGGCUACAAGCCUAUUUAUCCAAUGUUCAACAGAUUUAUUUGGCAAUUAAAGAUACGAAUGCAAUGGUCACUAGUCCAAUUCAAUGCCUACAUACUUGCGAGAUUCCCAAGAUGUGCACUUCGUGGAAACCGAACAUUUGUACAACUUUUUUAAAUAACUUCCUUGAACAUGUCGAGCGAGUAAUGUCAAGGGUAAAUUCAUUGGAUACUGUUUUCCAAGUUAGGUUUGAUGCGAAAAAUAAAACAGUACACUAUGUCAGGUUUGAAGGUAAAACUGACAAAACAUUUAUAGCAAAGGAAUUUUCCGAGCUUAAUAUCGAAGCACCAUAAAAUGUGAAUUAAAUAUAAUGGGCCAAUUCAUGACAUAUUUUUAUUAUUAUUUAUUUAUUUUUUUUUUUUUUGAUAUAGAACGAUUUAAAUACGUUUGUCUGGUUGUGAAACUUUAUUUCUCAACUAAAAAUAUUCGAAUUGAAAUAACACAUCAUAAAGCUGUUAAUGUAAUUGGCCCUACAAUUGAGAUAAUUAUUUUUCAUUUCUUUGUGAAUAAUUAGCAGUAAUCUCUUUUGUUUAUUUUAAUGAAAUAAAAAGUGCAGUGCACCCCUUUCAAAUAAAAUCUAAGAUUGUAAUUUUAUUCGAUAUGGUUAUAUAUGGUUACUCAGCCUGCUAUCCAAAGACAUAUUGUGAUUUGAAAUUAUAAGCAAGGCUUACAUAUGAUCGGCCAGAAAGACUACUUUUGGCAGGAAAAUUUACAGGAUCGUGUAUUUUCAUGAAUAAGUUUGUUUUUCAUUUUAGCAUAGACAAAUGAAAAUAUAGACAAAGGAACGUUAGUUUUGUUUUUUUUUUUUUUCUGUAUGAGUUUUACAUUGGCAACGGAGAAAAAUGUCGUCGUCUUUGGCACAUGUUCUUGGAUAAAAUAUGAAAUGAAAUAAAACUGAAGCGAUAUUCUUCACCGGGAAACGUUGUCAAUGGUUAGAA